ACUCGUCAAAUUUGAUUUCUUUCAGCUGUGAACACCUUAAACUCCGGGAAAAAAGGCCAGUUAAGCAGUAAACCGUGCUGGAUGGAUGUUUUCUUUGUGGCGCGCUGAGAGAUCAAACUUACCUGCGUUUAAGGCUACACGUGAUUUAUUGAGUUUUAAAUAUCUCUGCAUGUCUGUGUUAGUUCGCAUGGGAGCACCUCACACCGGUGUAUAAUCUCAGAAUAACGUAUAGUAGGCUACCUGGUUCACUUGGGGACCCUGACUACCACCAUGGCCUCUGCCACCUCCACCCCUGCCGCCUCCGGGAGCCGCACCAGCCGCUCCGUCAGCCGCCGCAGCGCCGCCGCCGGCCUGCCCUCAUCCAGCACCAGUCCGACCCGGCUGUCCCGCAUCCAGGAGAAAGAUGAGCUCCGAUCCCUCAACGACCGCCUCGCCAAUUAUAUCCAGCGGGUCCAAGACCUGGAGAGUGAGAGGUCCUCCAUGCUCAUCCAGCUGGAGGAUAAAGACGAGUCGAAGAGCCGGGAGAUGGGCAACGUGCGGCGGCUGUACGAGGAGGAGUUGGCCGAUGUUAGGAAGUCCCUGGACGGCCUGGCCGGAGAGAGGGCCCGGCUGCAGAUCGACUACGGAAAUCUGUACGAGGAGUACAGGAAACUUAAAGCAAGGAACCAGAAGAAGGAGGGCGAUCUGGCCAACACGUUGUCCCAGUUGAGGACAGUUGAGGCUGCGCUGAGCUCCAAGGACGCCGAGUACACCAAGCUGCUGUCUGACAACAGGAGACUCAAUGAAGACUUCACGGACCUGCAGGGACAGCUGCAGAACGUGGAGGUUGUUCUUACCGACACAAAGAACCAGCUGAGCUCUGAGAUCUUGAGGAGGGUUGCGAUGGAGAACCAGGUUCAAACACUUAAAGAACAGCUUGAACUCCAGAAGAACAUCAGUGAGCAGGAAAUCUUUGAGAUCCGAAGCCGACAUGAGAGCCAACUGGUCGAGCUGGACUCUGGAAGACAGAGAGAGUUUGAGAGUAAACUGUCCGAGUCGAUAAGGGGGCUCCGCCAGGACCACGAGUCUCAGCUGCAGCAGUAUAAGGAAGAGAUCGACAAGACGUUCAGUUUGAAGUUACAGAAUGCCCAGCAGGCUGCGCUGGAGAAAAACGAAGUCGCAUCAGCCACCAAUGAUGAACUCGAAACGACCAAGUUGAGAUUGGAGACCCUCAGCUCUCAGCUUCAGCAGUAUCAGAAAGAUAAAAUGACGCUGGAAAGCCGCUUUCAGGACUUGGAGAGGACUUUAGACCGGGAGCGGGAGGUUUGGCAGCAGAGAAUUGGUCACAAGGAGCAGGAGCUGCUAAACCUGAGGAGCCAGAUGUACACUCAGUUGGAAGACUACGAGAACCUGCUGGACGUCAAGUUGGCUCUAGACAUGGAGAUCAAUGCUUACAGGAAGAUGCUGGAGGUGGAGGAAGAGAGAUUGCAUCUGUCACCCAGCCCCUCCCAGCGCACAGCUGUACCUCGGACACACGAUCACAGCAGCCGCAGAAUAAGAGGAAAGAAACGGAAACAUGAAGGAGCCUCCGGCAGCUCACCGGCCUACAAAAUGUCGAGUCAUGCUACAGAGCAGAGUGCUGUUAGCGUGGCAGAGAUAGACAUGGAAGGCAAAUAUAUACGAUUGAAGAACAACUCUGAGAAGGAGCAGCAGCUAGGUGGUUGGGUGGUUCGUAAGAUUUACCAAGACUCUGGGGACAUCUCCUUCCACAUCCCCCCCUCCUGUGUUCUGGCCUGUGGAGAUACGCUCACAAUCUGGGCAGAAGGUGCAGGUGCUGAGGCUGAUUCUAGAGACCUGAUUCUUCAGGGCCACAGGAGCUGGGGCCCCAUCAUUGAUGUAAGGGUGCUCCUUCUAAACCCCAACCAUGAGAAAAUAGCUGAGCGCCGGGUGUGUCUGCAGGGCAGAGGUGAAGAGGAAACUGAACUGGAGUUCGAUGAAGAAUUUGUUGCGGGCAGUGACAUCCAGCAUUAUCGCAGACAGCCCAAGAGAAAGAAGAAGUGUUGUUCUGUCUCUUGAAUACCGAGCACAGUUUGAAGUACGGAUCUGUCUAAGGAAGUGAGCUGUGCCGUUAUGUGAGCGCAUCUCCAUCUCCUGCUGUCCGCGAUUCUUCAAUUGCACAAGACAAGCUGUGAACUGUGCCUUGAUAACAUUUUAUUUUAUUUGUGUGUGUGUGUGUAUGUGUGAGAGAAAUAAAACUGUUGGAAUAAUAAAGUCUCAAGUACUGUUAAGUCACAA